AUGCCCAAACAUAGACAUUUUCAACCAAAGAAAGUAUCCGAGGAAUUAGAUUGGGUAUUUUACUUACAUAAAUCGCAUUUCUGUCUCAUUAGAAGAAAUAACAAAACCUUAGGCAUUAAAGAAAUAGAAGAUAUUUACGAUGAAAAAGUAUGGAGAACUUGUAAAGAUGAUAAUGCGGUAACGGAAGUUUCACCUCUAAAACUAAACGUUUUUCCAACAAUUCACGAUGAUUGUUUAUACGCAUGGGAUUGCGAAACCUAUAGCGAAAAAGAAACGAAUAAAGCCAAUCCUUAUUCUUGCACGUUAAUUAAUUUAGAAAAACUAAGAAAAACGUUAGACAGAAUAAAACAUAACUUUCCACAUUUAAAUCCCACUGAUAGUGUACCAGAAGAAUUUUAUAAUAAAUUAAUGAAUAUAGUAGAAAUAUUUAUGUUACAACGUUUAGGAAAAAUAGAUCAAAAAAGAAUAACAUUAAUUUCUCAUAACGGUAGCGGUUUUGAUAAUUGGAUCGUGCUUAAAAAUGCGAAAAAACUAACGCAAUGCCCACUAGUAACAGCUAGAGGCAUUCUGUCUCUACCUUUAACUAAUUCAUUCACCGAUGAAUAUUUACAGAAAAAAUGGAAAAGACAAAUACAAAUAAUGGGCAACUCUAAUUAUUUGCAAAAUAUUAAUUUCAUAUGUUCGUAUCAACAUGAAAAAUCUAGUUUGGCGGCAUGGGGAAAUUAA